CUCUGCGAUGUAAACACUGAAAUAGGAAAGACGUGAAAAAUAUAAACAAUUGUUUUCAAAUAUUGGAAACGUGCAAGGCAUGUUGCCUACAUAAUUGUUGAAUCAUGUUGACUGCAACUGAAAUUACGGAGAGAUUUCAGUAUUUUGGUGAAUCAGUGUUACAAUGUUCAGUUCAUAUUAGUAAAGGAAUCCGCGAUGGUGAAAACCAUACUGUACCCAAAUAUGUUUGCGCCUUACUCAAUUCAGGCGGAGGAAUACUCCAAAUGAAAAAUGAAGAAUCAAAUCGUUAUUUACAAUCUAAAGACUUGGAUAUGUGGUGGAGCGGAAUGGAAAAUGCUCUCACAGAUAUUCUUUCAGGAGACGAUCUCUGUAACUAUCUUGACUUUGUAGGUAAUUUUGAUGACAAGUUUUUGUAUCUUUUUGUUAAAUCAUCGGAACAUUUGUGUACUAUAAAUUAUCACAGUCGAUUGCCAACGGAAACGGCCACCCAUGACGUGAGUAAUCGCUCUGUUAUAAAGCUGUUAUCAAAACGGGGCCAACCAGGGUUAUUGUCCGAUCUACCUCCUAUACCUGAAGAGUAUUAUUAUCUCCAGACGGAAGAGAGUUUAAAACAAGAAGGAAAACAAAUCCAGUUCAAAUCGUUAUCUUCGAAUAAUUGUGAGGUCACUAGAUCUCUUCCUAAGAGAAUAAGUGCAGCGCUUUCUAAGUACAUAACCGCAUUUGCUAACCAUGAAGGUGGCCAUAUAUAUUUUGGUAUAGAAGAUCAAAGGGCAGAGGUGACAGGUGAAGAUUUAUCACCUGAACAGCAGGAAUUGACAGUACAGGAUAUUACGAGGAGAAUGAAUUCAGUUAUAUGGGGUGAGAGUAGUUUUCAGGCUGAAAGGGGAACUCACUGGGAUAUUAAUUUUUUCCCUGUUUAUAAUGUGCCUUAUAGAACUCGACGUAUGGUUGUUGUAGUUAGUUUAUGUAAAUUCCCUGGUGGUGUUUUUACAACUUCUCCAGAAAGUUACUAUGUUGAUUCCACAGGGAAUGUUAAAAAAUUUACUUUUGAUGACUGGAAAUCAGCAACAUUAGCAGAAAUCAGAGAUAAACCAGAAUUACACAGUAGAUUUGUUAAAAUACCAAUACCGAGUCCAUGUCCUAGAUUAGUAUUUGGUUUGGUUCAUACGAUUAAAACUUCCAGAGAAAAACAUUUCAAAGCCACCACUGGUUUAAAUGUACAUCCUAAACAUAUACUGGAUACGAUUGAGAAUCAUAAAACCAUAGCAACCAUUAGAGCAAUAUUACUUACAUUCCAUGCAGAACCACAUCUAGCAAUAGACAUUCAUUCAUGGGGUUUCCGAAUCCCUCUCUCACCGGAAUCAUUUCCUGAAAAAAUCACUAGUUAUGUUGUUUUUAGUCUCCAUUAUGGUGUCUUGUUAAUAACAUUUGUGAAAAAGACAGUGAAAGACAAAAAACAAGCCAUCAAAAAUUGUCAGAAUCUGGCAAGUAAAUUAAAACAACAGCUUGUGCAUUAUGGUGGAAGUUGUGAAAGAAUAGGCAUAAGCUGUCAUAUUGUUGAUGUCAGUGAUGAACUAAAUUUACAGAAUUUUCAAGCAGAAAUAAGUCAACGAUUUUAUCCGUCGACCUUUUCUAUGGACGUAAACAAAUUAGAUAAGUUGUUGGAUUCUGCGUUCGUGUCGAUAGCAACUUAUGUACCUCAUGAAGCCAAAACGCGACAUGAAGAAUAUUAUUUUCUCUUGACCUCAGAUCAGUUUGAAUUAUUGUGGACUCAUCAAUUUACGAAGGAACUAUGGAUCCACGGACCUCCUGCUUCUGGAAAAACUGUGUCCACUCUACAGAUGAUUAGCGAAUUAUCUCGUCGAGGGUGUACCAAAUCUCAAAUAUUGUAUUUAGCUGAGAAUCAUCUUCUGUGUUUAUAUAUUAGGUCGUUCAAUAUUUGUCUUGUUGUAAACAGAAGAGAAUUAAUGAGAGACACCCAUGACCCAGAAAUAAUGGCAACCAAAUAUGGUCAGAUACAAAAUGUUUUCAUAGACGAGGCGCAGAAUUUCAAGGAUCGCGAUGGAGAUUGGUACAAACUGGCAGAAACAUUAUCCAAGCAGAAUUCGUCAUCCUCUGGUACUGACAUAAAUAGUGGAUAUUUUUGGAUGUCGAUGGACUAUGCACAAAAAGUCCAUAAAUUUGAAGCAGGAAUACCAAGUCUUAUUGGAAAAAAUAACUUUAUGUUGAGUGAGAUUUCACGAACAUCUAAAGAAAUAUUUGAAUAUGCUUCCAAAUUUAUGAAUAGUAAUAACUCAAACUGCCCGUCUGAUACAGACUACAUCCAAGACAAGCCCAAAUUAGGGCAUGAGUUCAAUUCAGGUCAUAAAGUCAAUGUCAUCCAUUGUGAUCAAAAACUUUUAACAGAAACUUUAUCAAAAGUUCUUGGAAAUUUUACAUCAAAUGGCACUGAUGCCAGAGAUAUGGCAAUUUUAACCGGAAAGAAAAAAGAUGCAGACAGAGUUCAAAAUCAAAUUUUACCAGAUUUGAAUAAAUGUGAUGAUAGAGACGGCAAUGAUGCCAAUAUUGAGGACGUCACUGUAGAAUCUGUGCGGAGAUUUAGUGGCUUAGAUCGACCAAUUAUUAUUGGCUUAGAUCCAAGCAUAAAUGAGGAUCAUGCGGAUUUAAAUAAAUUUAUUGUUAAUUUAUCAACUCGUGCUAAAGAUGGGUUAGUCAUAAUAACAACCUCAAAAGACUUGUUGAAGAAAAUACAAAAUUUGGAUGAAAAGUGAAUACGUUGCUUUAAUGUAAUUCAGGGAAUUUUGUUCUGUUAUAUUUCUAUUUUGAUUAAUCUUUUGGGAAUUUGGCAUAUUUAAUGUAAUAUUCAUUGAACUGGUUUAUUCAUAUAAUAUUCAUCCAAUUAGUCUAUUUAGUAUAAUAUUCAUCCAAUUAGUUUAUUUAGUAUAAUAUUCAUCCAAUUGGUCUAUUUAGUAUAAUAUUCACCCAAUUGGUCUUAUUAGUAUAAUAUUCAUCCAAUUGGUCUAUUUAUAAUUAGUAUAUGCAUUGGCCGAUUUUCCGACGUGGUUUCCCCUUGUCAGUGAUGCAGGACGGAGGGCCUGACAAGGACAGCUGUCUAGUCCUUUGGAUUAUUUUGUAUAAUAUUCAUCUAAUUGGUUUAUUUACUAUAUGAAUUAUAUAAACAUUGACAUACAUUUACAGUUGUAAUUUAAUCCAAAAUCAAA